AAAUGCACCGUCUUUGUGGGUCGCACCGCGGGACAGGCGGGUCACGAGGUCAAGGUCAUCUGGCCCGUUUCCGCGGUCUCGCCGGCUCCCGCCCUCCGGCAGGCGUCGCUGGCCCGUAGCUGGGCCGAGAGGAAGGAAGCGGAUCUUCGGUCCUGCCCCGAGGCUCGCAUCCCCGGGCCGUCUUCCUCCCACGCCCGCCUGCUCUCUCGCCGCAGCGGCUUUCGGAGGGUCUCGCGUCCCCUGCACGUGCCCACGGCUGACCCGGGCCCUCACUUUGGAAAGCGAGGGUUCGGGCCACCGCGAUUGAGGGCCGGGACGCAGUUGGGAGGGAACUCGGGCGGGCGCGGCCCCGGGAGCCUGGCCGGGGAGGAGGUUGCGCGCAGAGAGGCCCGGGACCCCUGCGACGGGAUCUGGAGUGGCGGGGCGGGGAGCGUCCGCGGCGAGGCGGAGGAGUCCGGGAACCCUGGAGGAACCGGAGAGAGGGCGGAGGUGCCGCCGGAAACGCCCGGGGCCUGGCAGGGCAGGUCAGGCCGGGGGCGCGGUGGAGGGGAGGGACGGGCGGCGCCGGGCUGGGCCUCCGGGCCCACUCCCCUCGCCCUGGAGGUGCGCGGGGCGGGGAGUGGCGGGGAGGCAAAUGGGACCCGUGGAGCUUUAGAUCCCGGGACCGCCCUCUCCCGCUCCAGGGCCGGCGGCGAGUGGCAACGACGGCCAGAGCCGCAGCGGCAGUAUGAGAGCCGGCGCCGAGGCUCCAAGCCUGCGGACGCGCGGCGGGCGGCGGCGGCCCUUUCCGCGCUGGCCAUGGGUACGCGCUGGGGCCGACGGCGCAGCCGGCGUGGAGGCCAGGGGCUGCCUCUGGCCGCCUGGGCGCUGGCAGCCGUCGGCCUGGUGUGCACCGCCCUGACCGCCUACGUCUGCUGGAAGCAGCUGCCGCCGCUGCCCCGAGCCGCCUCUGCCCCGCCGCGGCCAGUGAGCGUGCUGCUGUGGUGGGAACCCUUCGGUGGCCGGCACAUCUCUACCAGGCCGUCCCCCGACUGCCGUCUGCGCUUCAACAUCAGCGGCUGCCGCCUGCUCACCGAUCGCGCGGCCUACGGGGAGGCCCAGGCGGUGCUUUUCCACCACCGAGACCUGGUGAAGGGACCCCCAGACUGGCCCCCGCCCUGGGGCGUCCAGGUGCGCCCAGCGGAGGAACAGCAGGUGCUCGUGUUGGACGACGAGGAAGAACCGGUGGCAGCUGCGGCCGAAGCCCUGGCCGCCCGGGGUCCCAGGCCCCCCGGCCAGCGCUGGGUGUGGAUGAACUUCGAGUCACCCUCCCACUCCCCAGGGCUGCGAAGCCUAGAGAGUAACCUCUUCAACUGGACGCUCUCCUACCGGGCCGACUCGGACAUCUUCGUGCCUUAUGGCUACCUCUACCCUAGGACCCAUCCUAGCGAGGAGCCGCCGGGCCUGGUCCCGCCGCUGGCCCGGAAACAGAGGCUGGUGGCCUGGGUGGUGAGCAACUGGGACGAGAGCCAGGCCCGGGUCCGCUACUAUCGCCAGCUGAGCCAGCACGUGCCGGUGGAUCUGUUCGGCAAGGGCGGGCCCGGGCAGCCGCUGCCCGAAGUCGGGCUCCUGCACACGGUGGCCCGCUACAAGUUCUACCUGGCCUUCGAGAACUCUCAGCACCUGGAUUAUAUCACCGAGAAGCUGUGGCGCAAUGCGUUUCUGGCUGGGGCGGUGCCGGUGGUGCUGGGCCCAGACCGGGCCAAUUAUGAGCGCUUCGUGCCCCGCCGUGCCUUCAUCCACGUGGACGACUUUCCAGAUGCCUCCUCCCUGGCCGCCCACCUCCUAUUCCUCGACCGAAACCCAGUCGUCUACCGCCGCUACUUCAGCUGGCGCCGGAGCUACGCCGUGCACGUCACCUCCUUCUGGGACGAGCCUUGGUGCCGGGCCUGCCAGGCUGUGCAGAGGGCCGGGGACCAGCCCAAGAGCGUCCCCAACCUGGCUGGCUGGUUUGAGCGGUGAAGCCAAUCUCCCUGGGUAUAACCCAGGGAGACUGAGUCGUCAGCUUUCGGGUCCUGUGCUGUGCAUCUCCUUAACUGCUGAAUCGUGGGACUAAAUUUUCUAAACAACCAUUUUUAAUCUGUUGGAACAAGUUGAUUUACCAAUGAAUAUUACUCAGCACAGACUGGGGUGGGAAGGAUCCUGGCUGCUUAUGGUUUGCGCACAACUAACAGUUGGGCUCCCUCUGUUGUCCAAGGGCAUCCGUGGUCUGGCAUGAAGACGUGGUCCUUUCUCACCUUGGAACCGGUGCAGAGGUGAAGAGGCAGAUUGACUACAAGAAACCAUUGUCACUUGCCCUGAAUUUCCUCAUCUGUCACAGGUCAUAUCUGUGGCCUGUGCUGAGUCCAGAUCUCAGGCACUGCCCCACCUCUCACAUGUCACUGGGCCAAAUGCAGCAAAUUCCUGAUUUGAUAAAGAGUUUUGUUACAGGAUAGUGAGAGGAAAGUGGGGCUUUCCCCAUGUCCCUGGAUUCCUCAGGUGCAUCUCCUAAGGUGAGGAGGUGAUCCAGGAAUCCAUGGACUUCCUUAGAAAGUAGUUUGUUCUCCUGCUUUAUGAAUGGACACAAGAUGCUGGAUGUCCUUGGAGAAGAGUUAGGAUGAAUCUUUGGUGUACCUCAUUUUGCAUAAAUGUAUUCCUGAAAAGCCGCUUUUGAAUCAAAUUCUCUGCUUUAGGAGAGCACAGUAUUUAACGGAACCCUAUGGAGAAUCCCUUUACAAUGUGAAAAAUCGUCUCCUAACUGAUUUCUUCUGUCUAUGUUUUUCGAUAACUUGGAUUUUUACAUAUUAAAAUAACAGAUGUGAAAGUAAAGCAGAAGCACCCGUCUUCCUUCUUCCCAGAAAACCAGCCUGUGUUUACAAACAGAAGAGAAGGAAGCCACAGUGGCACUUUUCACAUUAUUUAUUUUGUAUCUUUACUGGAGCUGAAAUUUACACUGGAAUGUCAUUCUCCAGGGGUGCUGGCAUUACCUGUCUGCGGAACAAUGAAGGAGGUUGUACUGCUUUGUGGAAUCCUUUUGCAGGAAAAAAGUUUCCUGGUGUCUGUUAAUGGCAGUUUUUGUUUCUGUCUGCCAGUUUGUAGUUAAAUGUUUAAUCGCUAGAGAAUAGAACCUUCUAAGUGCCUGCAGUAAAACGUUUAUCCUUUUUUUUAAAGAAAUCUGCACUUCCCCUGAGGGCCACCAGGUUCCCCUCCUGAACUGCCUAGUGGUACAGUAAGUAUAUCCUCACCUGUCUACUGCCCUUGAGACUGUGCUAUGGGACCAACUUUGAAAAUACAUGCAUUGACUUUAAGAGUUGUUGAAUGAGCUUAUUAGGUGUCACCAUGUGCCUACCCUAUCCUAAACACUGAGCUUGGGGCAUGAGGAUGUGUAAGGCGAGUUACAGCUCUUUAAGGCCCUUACCAUCUUCUACUGUCAAAAAGUAAAGAGUGAAUUUUGAUAAAUCACUUAGCAGAACUUGUUUGUUUAAAGGGAUAUUUGUUUUUUUAAAUUGAAGUAUAGGUGAUUUCCAAUGUUAGUUUCAGGUAUACAGCAAAGUAAUUGUUUAUACAUAUAUAUAUAUAAUAUAUAUAUGUAUACAUAUAUUAUUUUUCAGAUUCUUUUCCAUUAUAGGUUAUUAUAAGAUAUUGAAUAUAGUUCUCUGUGCUGUACAGUAGGUCCUUGUUGUUUAUUUUAUAUAGCAUAGUGUAUAUCUGUUAAGCACAAACUCCCUAUUUUGGGGGGAGGGAUAAAUUAGGAGCAAACUGACAUUCUUAAUAAUACCGUAAAUCAAUUAUGAGAAAGCCAGUUGAUUUAAAGUCUGAAAUAAUGGCUUUUUUUUUUCCUCCUUGGUUUAUUAUAAUAAGCAUCCUCAGUGAUUAAGCAUUGCGGGGAAGGUCCACAAUUGAUUUGUGCUGUAGACAGUAAUUGUGCAUUUGAUUAGUACAAUUAGCUGCUUCCUAAAGUAACUUUUAUCUCUAUGCAUAUAAUGCAGACUCACUAAAAUCUAGGUGCUUCACGUUUCCCCUUUUCCCUAAAAGGAGAAAUUAAAAUUCCUGGAUAAAAUUUUCUCAUUAAAAUAUUAUAGAAUAUUCCAAUAUCACAGUAGCAGCCAACCAAUAAAGAAAGAAAAGUUCUCUUCCUAAAAUAAGUAUUUAUGACCUAUUGGCCAAUGAUCUUGGUGUUACUGGGAAUUUACAUGGGACAGUGGGGGAUAAUUUGGAUUUUGGAAGUAAUCUGGUUUAGAUUUGAAUUCCAGCCAUGUGACCUUGGGCAAAUUAGUAAUAACCCUGAGCCUUAGCUUUCUUAUCUGUAAAAUGGAGUGAGAAACUACUUCAUAGCUCCUAUGAACUGUUCAAGAAAUAAAGUAACGAGGUGCCUGACACAUAGUGGCUACUCAACUGGUGAGAGAGAGAGAGAUUUUUUCACCCUUCUUGGCAAUGAUUUCAGGGUACCUCCAUAUCCAUUUAUAUGGAUUAUAAAAUUAAAUCUCAUGAUAUGUUACAGAAUAAUCUGAAAUAAAAAGGAAGGGGCCUCAUAUUAUGUAUUUCAAAUGAAUCCCUAAAACUGAGCCAUACUGUUUCAAGAAUCAUUGCUAUUUACACUGAGCUGAGCUUGAAUUUGCAGACUAGGAAGAAGCACCUCUUUGAAAAAAAAAAGUUGUUUUUUUUUUGGUUAAGUUAUAUAGUUAAGUAAGUAAUUAUUAUUUUACUAAUGCUGUCCUUAGUAUUAACUAAGUAUUUAAAACUAACCAGGUUUUUUUGUUGAAUACUUACCAUAAGGAAAGUAUAAUUGCAGUUUUAUUUAUAAGCAAAUUUUGCAUAAGGAACAAACUAUCUUUUAAGCUAAUCUCAUCAAAGAGCAAGCAAAAUGCAGCAAUUGCUCAUUUUGUUAUUUUUCAAGCCACUUUAAAUUGAGGAGGUUGGAGUACCCCUUGUGGCUCAGUGGUAAUGAACCCAACUAGUAUCCAUGUGGAUGCAGUUCUGAUCCCUGGCCUCACUCAGUGGGUUAAGUAUCCUGCAUCGCCCUGACCUGUGGUAUAGGUUCCAGAUGCAGCUUGGAUCCCGCAUUUCUGUGGCUGUGGCCGUGGCUGCGGCAUAGGCCGGCAGCUGCAGCUCCGAUUGGAUCCCUAGCCUGGAAACUUCCAUAUGUUGCAGGUGUGGCUCUAAAAAAUAAGUAAGUAGGUUAAAACUUCACCUACAUUAAUAUAAAAAGACAUAUAUUUCAAAUGACUUUCAUAAACUUGUCUUUCAAAUUUAUUACAGAUUUCAUAUUUUUAGUGCUUGAUGGCUAAUUACAGGAGUGCACGUGGAAUGAUGGAGACAGUAUGACUUGCUUUCAGUUAUUCACAGGUCCUUUUCCUCGGCAGUAAUUUAGAGAGAGGGUAGCUUCAUGGAAAGAGCUUGCAAUUUGGAGUCAAAACCUGAGUAUGUGGUUCUACCACUUUCUGCCCCUGUGGCCCUAAUUAGGCAAGUUACUUAAGUUAGCGUCCUCCUUAUAAUGCAGGAAUGCCCCUGCGAAAUAAGGAUUAAAUGUGAAGAUGUCUGCCAAGGUGCUUCGUACAUUGUAAAGUGCUAGACAGUUAUGGGAUGCUCUAAAUUUUCAAAGCUCUAGAACAGGGAUCGGUACGCUUUUUCUGUACAGGGCCAGAGAGUCAACAUGUCAGGCUUUGCCAGUCCUACAGUCUCUGCUGCCCCUACUAGCUCUGCUGUUUUUGGUGCCAAAGCAACCAUGGACCAUCUGUGAAUAAAGGCAGUGCCUGAAUUUGGCCCCUGGGCCAUACGUUGUUAACUCUGCUCAGGAUUUUUAGAGAUAUAAGGAAUUUGAGAACUUUCCUAUUGAGGGUUUCUUAGAAAGGAUUUAAGAGUUGGAAUUUAAGAACUUUGCAGGCACUUCUUCCUGGGUUACCAGACCAGCUUUACGGCAUUUCCUAACUGUUUAUCUUGGGCAAAUGAUUUAAGCUUUCUGUGUUUUGACAUUCUCAUGUCUAAUUGGAGGUAAUCAUAUGUAAUUUACGGAGGUGUCGGGCAAGUUAGAAAAGACACUCAAAGUACUCAGGACGGUGUUGGGUACACAGGAGGCAUCUGGAAGAAGCUGGCUGUGAUGAUCACCAGUCUGUUUUACAGAGGAAGGAGCAGAAGUCCAGAUCCAUUUAAGGACUUGUCUAAGGUCACAGUAAUAGUGGCACAAACCCUGCUUGCGCAAGUCACAACCCUGUCAAGCCUCUGUCACUUGAACUGCAACAUGAGGUUGGACAUCUCUUGGGACCUUCUAGUUUUGUUGCCAUCCUUCUGCUAACUGGCACCCUAGGGCUUAAAGAACUAUAUUUACAUCCCUAAGUGUCUUCCUUACAGUCUGGAAAAGACUUAUUCUACACCGCAUUAGUAAACUGGCAGAAAAACCAGGUACCAGAGUUGGAGACUCUGAUUUACCAUAUACAUAUGGUAAUAUAUGUAUAUUAUAUAUAUAUGUCUUUUUUUAGUCCCAUGCUUAAAUAUCAGGGGAACCAAGUUCUUGGUAAUUAGUCUGGUGAAUAAUUGCAUUGAAUACAUUUCAAGUCAUUCUUGGGUGUGUCUCAGGGACUUUUAUGUUACACAUUCUUAUAUUUAUGUGUGCUCGUUCAGGUUAUUUUGACAAAUAAUUAAAGUAAUGAGACAGAAAAUGA